CCAAUCUUAAGGGGGAAAGGAAUCCUGAUCUCCACGCUACAUCCAGGUUAUUCCAGUGCACAGACAAUUCACUAGACAACUGAAGAAAAAGCACCCGAAUAAAUGAGACAGGAUUUUGUAUGUCAAAAGUCGGACAACUUCUCAGUGGAGCUACGGUGGGGCAAUUGUAAUUCUUGGUGGAGCAAAUAAGCAACUUUAACCCCGAGGACAGUCGGUGUAAACGCACUUCUCAACUUUCAGUUAUCUGUUGAUCAAAAAGGGUUAAAACUACACCCAGUCUCUCCUACUUCCAAAGUACAGAAAGGUGUUCACCACUCCUCCACUCUGUUGUGACAGCUGGCUUUGAGGAUCUCUACUCCAACUUCUACCCUUCUCAACAUUUUCCAAAGGCAAUACAGACACUGAGGAUGGCGGUAAAUUGGCCAGGACUGCUGUCCAUGGGAGUGUUUUACAUGAUCGUACUGGGUACAGGUAUCUGGGCAUCCAGGAAGUCCAAACGUGAAGAGAAGAAGUGCACUGGGAACCGCAGUGAAGUUGCAAUGGUUGGAGGGCGGAACCUAAACAUCUGGGUCAGCAUCUUUACUAUGACAGCCACUUGGGUGGGCGGAGGCUAUAUUUUGGGUAUGGCUGAAGUGGUCUACGAUCCAAGAAAGGGGUUGGUGUGGGCCACUGGACCCAUUGCCUUUGCCAUAAACAUGAUUAUAGGUGCACUCUUCUUUGUCACACCAAUUCGGUCGAAGAAAUAUGUCACCCUCAUGGACCCGUUUCAGGAGAAAUAUGGCAACGCUGUAGCUGCUGUUCUUUUCAUUCCCGCUCUCAUAGGCGAUAUCUUGUGGAUAGCAUGUAUUCUCGGUGCACUGGGAGGGACGAUAGGCGUGGUCAUGGACAUCUCCUCCUCUCUGGCUGUGGUCAUCUCUGCUUCUGUGGCAGUCCUUUACACGUUAAUGGGAGGACUGUACUCUGUGGCCUACACUGAUGUCAUCCAGCUUAGCUUCAUGCUCAUUGGCUUGUGGCUAUGUGUGCCUUUUAUACUGGCAAGCCCCUCUUCUGCCAACAUCACUGUUGCUGCAGUAACCAAUCUGCAUCAGGGGCCAUGGAUCGGCAAGCUAGAGCUGGAAGAUGCAGGUCGCUGGGUAGAUGACCUAUUGCUAAUGGCCAUUGGAGGGCUCUGUUACCAGGCUUUCUACCAGAGAGUCCUGUCCGCAGCCACUGAUACCCAAGCUAAGAUCACCUGCUAUGUUGGGGCAAUAUUAUGCCCAAUCCUUGGCAUCCCGUCACUCAUCAUUGGGGCAGCGGCUGCAUCUACCGAUUGGAACCAGACCACCUACGGUUCUCCCAGCCCGUAUGAACAGGGAAAUUCCGGUGUGAUCUUGCCAAUUGCCCUUCAGCAUCUUUGCCCUUUUUAUGUCUCACUGAUUGGUAUGGGAGCACUUGCUGCUGCUGUGAUGUCAUCAGUUGACUCUGCACUUCUGUCUGCCGCCUCCCUACUGGGCCGAAAUAUCUUCAAGAACAUCGUCUACAAAAGGGUGAUAUGCACCUUCUACUUAUCUCAGUGGGUGAACAACUACGGAGCCUGCUCUGGCUUUGUGUUGGCACUACUGCUGAGAACUCUGGUUGGAGAACCCGUGAUAGGCCUUCCUGACAUCCUGCCCCUGCCGUGGGACAAGAUACAGGAGGAUGGUCACCGACAACGCUUGUUCCCUUUUUGCACUGCAAUCAUGCUCAUCACCAUCGGGACUAUCCUACUAGUGUCACGCCUUGCUGUGUGGCUGUCUGAGAAGGGGCUGCUGAAAAGAAUAAGUGACGCUGGAACGGACAAAAACAUACAUUACAUGGUACAGGUCCGAACAGAUGUGGAGGAAAAGGAGACUUAA